AUGGUCAGAACUGCAGCUAUUCGCACAUACAUGCGACUAGCAACAGUAUUUUGCAAAGCCUCGACGGGGAAGAAUCUUCUUCGACCCAUAAGUCAAGUUCACCUCGUAGAUCAGACCAUAAUUCCUCUUCAAAAGCGCAAAGCUCGAGCGCAAGCUCAACGAACCAGUUCACAUCUAAUCGAGCACCAAAUUCGCACAACAAGCCACAUGAAAGCACCACCAUUUGCAAAUUCUUUCUUAAUAAUAGUUGCAUUUACGGGAACAACUGUUGAUUGUAUAAAGGAGUGGCGUAAAACAGACGAUAUUUCUAGUCCUUUCCAAACCAUCAACACCACCAAAACUUGCCCUGUGUGUAGAAAAAAUUCUCCCUACGUUGUACCUUCUCCGACCUUUGCGAAAUCUGGACCAAUAAAGGAUCAGAUAAUUUUAAAUUACCGUCAGCGACUUGCACAGAUUCCUUGUAAAUAUUUCACGGAACGUAGAACAUGUCCAUUCGCAGAUGCCUGUCAUUAUAAACAUGCCAAUCCUGAUGGAACAAGGUGUAUCUUGGGUCCACCCCACAAGAAAAAGACAAGAUCGGUGUGCCCCAUAGAAAAUUUCCGUUACUUGGAAGUUUCAGGGGAAAGCAGCGUGUUUGAUAUUUCGGCAUUCUCCGAGAUUCUUGGACUUUCUAGAGAUCAUGGCAUCCGCCAUAUUUUUGCCAGAGAUUGGAGUGACAAUUGGGAUGACAAAAUAGACUUCGCCGAAAAUCCUACAUGGGAUGACGACUUUCCUUUUGAAGAUCAGAUAGGCUCGUUUGCCUCGGAUAAUCAAGAUGAAGUCGAUAUCCCAGAUGUCGAUAAUAAUAACAAUUCUGGUUGGGAGAAUUCUGAAUGGGAAGAAUGGUGGAGUAGUUGGGAUUGA